CGUUUACAGUACGGCCCAGGUGUAGUGACCUAUACAAUCGAUAUCUUCGGGUCUGUGGAGGCAGAGAUAACGCAAGUCAAACGUCACCUGUACCCGCUUUUGUUAACAACAAAGAUGUGUGGAGGAUUUACUUGCAGUAAAAAUUCCUUGUUGGCCCUCAACAUUCUGUAUGUUGUGGUGUCCUUCAUCUUGAUAGGGGUGGCUGCUGCAGCUAAGUUUGCCUCUAUCGUGUCAUCACUGACACUUGUGUCUGGCAUUAUAACCUGUGGUGUUCUCUUGCUUCUAAUAUCCAUAGUUGGAUUAGUGGGUGCCAGCAAGCACCAUCAGGUGAUGCUUUUCUUCUACAUGAUUGUUCUCUUCAUCAUCUUCAUAAUACAGUUUUCUGUGGCUUGUGCAUGUUUGGCUAUCAAUACCAACCAGCAGAAGAUUCUAGCUGAUGAUGGAUGGGCCAUUUCUACACAAGACAUGAAGUCUGAUGCCCAGUCCUUGUUCGGAUGCUGUGGUUACAAAAAUCAGACUGAAGAUCAUCCCAGUUGUAUGCAGGUAAUCAGUAAGACUACAAGAAAAACCUGUUGUCCUGAUGCACAUAAUAAUGACACACUUUGUUGUCGGGGUGGUGCGUGUGACUGUUCUACCUGUGAUGUAGCAGUUCAAGAUGCAAUGCAGAGAGGCUUCAACCUUGUUGGAGGAGUUGGUUUAUUUUUCUCCUUUACCGAGUUCAUUGGUGUAUGGCUCACAGUGCGAUACAGAAAUCAGCGGGAUCCCAGGGCUAAUCCCUCUGCCUUCCUGUAGAGGGAGGCGACAUAACUUCACUCCUCUUAUAUUCACUAACAUAUCAGAUUCUUGGCUUCUUCAUUGCUAAAAGGUACCGUCAUCAAAUUGAUCCAAGGGCCAAUAUUCACUCUCUAUUACAGUAAGCUCUCUCGAUGUGCAGUGAUGAUAAUGUAGAUGAAAUAGGGAAAAUUAAAUUGUUCAUAUGUUGGGUACUUCUAAUUACAGCAUUAAGCAUACAUAGACAGAAAUUAAGAGCUGUGUAUAAAUGACUAAUAAGUAGGAGGAAAAAAUUGAGUACCUUACUGUAAUUAUUGUUCACCAAACAUUCAGAUUAGCACUUUAUUUCAUCAAAAAAAUCUUAUAUAUCUUGCCAAGAAAAUGCCAGAUGUAUAUUUGAAAACGAAUGCAAUUUAAUAUUAAGAGUUUUUAUUUACUAUAUACGUACUGUAUAUUAUUGUUUACUUAGGUUUAAAUGGAAAACAUAAGACUUAAAUGGGUGGAAAGAUUAUUUUUAAGAAGUUGACAAAAGUUGUUGAAAUGUAGCUACUGGUGGACUAUGAAAUUCAUUUUGUCUUGUGAAAAUGUGUGUGUGUGUGUGUAUGCUUAAAUUGGUUUUUAUACUGUACAACUUUCAAGUUUCGUCCCAAAUUAGGAUUGCUGGUGAACUUGAUGAGCCUUAGUAGUGGUAAAUAUAAAUCUACCUGUUAACAUACUUGUGUCAGUUGAAUGCUGCAAUUGUGUGUGUGCCAUUAAAUGUACAUGUUGAGAAUUUUGUUGCCAUUGGUGCCAUUUCUUUUUCUUCCAUGACUGCAGUGCCAUUUGAUUUCAAAGUAUUUUGCAGCUGUUUCCAACUGAUGGGAAUUCCCAUAACUGGGGUAUGCAUCUGGUUUAAUAGAGUUUGUGUAUUUGGGCUUUGUCUUAAAAUUAUGCAAGAAAGUUUGAAUUUCACGAGGUUUAUCAGUUAGUUGUGGGGUUCAUUCCAUAUGGCAUUAAGAACUUGGAACUAAUCCAUAAUGAAUGAUAUUAUGGUUAAUUUUUAUUUUUCACUUUUAUUGUUAAUAGCUGAAAACAAGUAAAAGAGGAAGUAGAAAAGAAAAUUGAAAAUUAUAAAAUCUCCAUAGGACAGUCUAAAGAGAUGAAUUUUAUUUUUCACUGACAUUAACUACCACACUUUGGAAAGAUUAUUUUUAGUAUUAUACUUAGAAAUCCAAAUCCAAGGUUAUUUCUUAAAAGUAAUAUCUUAGAUGAAAUGUAAACUCUUAAUAUAUUUAGAAAAUUUAUUUAUAGCAACUGUCAUAGAUUAAAUGUCAUUGAAAGAGCUGGAUCAUUUCCUUUGAAUCGUUAGUGAGCCAGGAGAUGUGAUCAAUCGGUAGUGUUCUUGCCUUUAUGUAACAGUCUUUCAGAAUCAGAUUAUCAUGGUACCUAUUUUAGUACAGUAUUGUUUGUACUCGAUCCCAGUUCCACUUUCAUACUUGGUUUGUGGAAACCCUCGCAGAUAUUCUCAUUUUUGUGCAAUAUGAUGGUGAUUUUGCUUCCCUGUAGUAUUAUUUACUUGGCAAAUGCUUCAUCUUAUAGAACAUUUUGUAGGAAAGGUGUAAGUAAUAGCUUUUAUUUAUGUUUGAGCUGUAAAAAUCAGGCAUUCAUCGCCAUUCUUUGAAUCAAGUCAUCUGAAAGGAUGUUUAUAUAUAUAUAUAUUUGUAUCUAGAGUACACAAAAAUAUUAACCUAUAUUUUGAACAUCUGGGGCAGGGAAGAGAAGUAAAAAUGUGUAGCCUUUUAAGAAAACCUUCUGGGUCAUAGUUAACAUUUUUGUAAAUAAAGUGUACCUGUUUAAAAGAUUGUGUUCAUCAAUAGUAUUUACCAUAGUAGGAUAUAAAUUUUGAUUUUAUUUUAGGCAAUUGUUAUCGCUGAGAACACAACUUUGUCAUUCCAUACUAUCUUGAGUAAUUUUUUGUUCUGUGGCAUUCUUGAACUUUGCUCAUUUUUACCUCAAGUUCUUUCCUUGUCCAGUACCGUUUUAUUCUUUGGCAUUCUUUUCCAAGUGUAUACUGUUCAGGUAUUUUUUUUUUUUUUUUUUUUUUUAAUUAUAGCUACUUCAAGAGUAGUAGUGAUUGAAUACCUGUUUAGAAAUCCCUUUCAAAGCUUGAUUAGCAAUGAUAAGCAAUUAUCUUUUUAUUUUGAUGAAUAUUCUCAUAUUUUUGUACUGUAGUUGUUUCUUGUACCAUGUUUUUCAUUGUAUUUCAAAUAGCAUUGCCUGAAGAUAUUUCCCAAACUUUUUCCUCUAUAGUCCAGACAGUAUUAGAAUGCAGGACCUUUUUGGGACGAUCUCUGCAUGAAUAGGUAUUAUCUAUUGCAGAUGGUUGCUUCCUGAAUUACGUAUAUUGCUUCUAGUGGAUAUUUCUCUUUAAGCAGCUAUAUAUACAGGUAUAUACUAUAUUUGAGUUUUUCCAUUUCAUGAUAUUAGUCCUUAAUAAUCACCUUUAACUCCUUGUCCAUUAAUUAUGAUUAACUUUAGGUCCCUCAGAGUUUUUCCCUCUGGCUCAUGUGCGUUUUCUUGAUGAAACAUGCAUACUGGAUCAAAUUAUUGUGCCUGACUUGAGCUUCACAAGGAUGAAAUAGGUUGACAUUGUCAAUGUUUCAUCCUUUAGGAAUUAAAAUCCGUGCAUUAAUUAGGUGUCGGCCAGUAUUUUUGUCAGUGUGAGGCCUUGCUAGUUCAGUAUUUAUAUCCGUGAGACAAGGUAAUCCUAAAUGAUUAAUAAGGUAAAGGCUACAAGAGCAUGGUUUUAAUGUUCAUUUUUGAGGAGUUAUUUGAAAUUUUGAGUGAAACUACAUUGCUGAGAUUUUACACCAUAAAUACUUCAGUUUUUAUUCUAAGGUAGUUCACCUAUACCAAAAGAUAUGGUGCACUUGACAUUAACAAAGUUUGUUAUAAAGCUCUGAAAUAUGAUCAUGAUAGGUAAUCCCUACAAGGUAGUAGUAUGCAGGGUUUGAGUAGUGUACUUGGAGAAUGGUUAUGAAAACCAUGGAUUAAAUUGUUUCUGGCAAAUUGACUUGAUAUUUAUCUUAUUACGCCUCUUUUGAAAGGGUUUAUUUUUAAUGGUAGUAGUACAUAUACUUACAUAUAUACUGUAUUUACAUAUAUAUAUAUAUCAGUAGCUUUGCUAGUAACAUAUAUGGUGUCUUUACAAAGAGCAUUGUCAUAUGCAGAAAAAUGCUAAGGCACCUAUAUUUUAAAAAUCUAUUUAGCUAGGUAGAUCCAGUAAAAGUGAAGGUUGUGUAAUGCUUAACAUUCUAAUAGAAGACUCGCAGAGUAAUAUGGUAUAAUUUAAUAUAUAAAAGUAUCCAGCCAACCACGAAGAUGGCAAUAUACUUUUAAUUGAUUCUGCAAAUAUUAGAGUAUGGAUAAGACACUAAUAACUUGAAGGUGGCAAAUGGUGUUAUGCAGUUGUAGUAAUAAGGAUGUACGGUAAAUUUAGUUAUUUGCAUUUAUGCCUUGAUUAACCACAACUUAAUUUUUAGGAUAACUUCACUGUCAACUAUUUAUUAUUCUGAGGGUGGUGGCCAGCAUAUUAAUUUUAUCCAGAAAUUGUGAACACUAGAGCACCUGUUGAUCUUGACCAGUUUUCAUGUUUUGGAGUUGUACACCCUAAGACCUUUCCUAAAUUUUGUCUAAAAUUGUAGGCAUCUAUGUAUGCUUUUGUAAUUGGAAAAUUCAGUCUCAUUGAAGAUGAGUAAUAAAAGAAUCUGAGUUGACUUCAUAAUGCUCCAGGCAUAAGUAUGGCAGAUGACAAACAGGAAGAUUUGAAAAAAAAUGUUUACGGGCAGUCCCCAGUUUACGAAGGGGGUUUCGUUCAAGUGCCGCAGCGUAAGGCGAAUAUCUUUAAAAAAAUCUUACUUUUAAUCCUUUGGGUGUCUUGAAAAUGGGAUAACCUGCAUUUUCAUUGAAUUUUUCAUCAAAAAAACCUCCAAAUAUGGACCAUUGCGCCAUUUUGGAGCCAUAUUUCUUCCAUCAGAUCAGUGUGUAAACCUUGAAGAUGCAUUGUAACCCAGAUGCUUCUCACCUCGGUGGUCGUGGGUUCGAUUCUCGGCCAUUCCAUUGAGGAGUGAGAGAUGUGAUUUCUGGUGAUAGAAAUUCACUCUCGACGUGGUUCAAGUCACGUAAAGCCGUUGGUCCCGUUGCUGAAUAACCACUGGUUCCAUGCAACGUAAAAACACCAUACAAACAAACAAACAAACAUUGUAACCCAGAAAUAAUUUUUCAUGAAUAUAUUUGAAGAGCGUCAUAAUCUCAGAAUGGCGUAAGCAGAGUCCAGCAUAACCCUGGGGCUGCCUGUAUUUGCUUUGGAAAGUGAAUACUAACUACCUACUUUAUGAGAAUAAAAAUUAGCCAAAGCUGUACUUUUAUUAUUUUUUUAGUGUCAGGAUAAAAGCAGAGUAGAAGGCAUUUUUGCACAGUAUGCUUUACAGUGGGAUGGCAUGGUCAUUGUAUUUUGUCAUUAUAUCAAGAAAAAUGCAUGGUAAUAAUAUGCAGAAUGUCUUAAAUUUAAUAAAAAGUUGUUGCUAAAAAUCUAAUCAUUAGUGAUUAUUAUGGUGGGUCUAAUUGUUUUAAACCCAUGGGUACUACUUAAGCAAUAAAUGUAUGCUGUACAGAAUCAACACAACUUAUGAUAUAUUAAUUUGCUUUAAGGAAAGGAGUAAAAUGGUGUGCUCAAUCCGUAAGGUUUGGAAAUCACCCCAGUAAUCCAAUUUUUGACAGUUGACCUACUUUAUCUCCCAUGCUGUGUAGCAGAUUGGAUAAUUAAGGCAUUACUGUAAAUAUUAAAUAUUUCCAUAUAAAUAACUUCAUCCUCCUGAAGCUCUGCAGUCUAUGUCUUUUUGUCAGAUAUUGAAUGACAAAUCAUGAAUCCAGCUUCAGAUUAAGCCACUGAUAAAAAUAAGAAAUAAAUACAUUUCACUGAAAUGGAUAAGGUAUUGCCUGUAGGUAAUUGGCUCUUUUGAUCUCUGUAGUAUAUUAUGCAUACGAAACUGCCUCAGAGAAACUAUUCAAAAAGUGCAAUGGUUUUUCAGUAGUAAUAUAGAAGUAUGUAAAAGUCCAAACAUUGGAAAGCUUAGUUUCAUUGUAUUUUAGACAAUAAUAUAAACAAUAAAUUUUUCGGUAAAUAAAAAUGACAGGUACUAAUUUUGAAAGAACAUUCUGUUGUUAUUGGGAUAUUUCCUUGAAGUAUUUUUCAGUUGCAAUAGAUGUUCAAUAUUUUGCCUUUUUACAUUAGUUAUUCCAAUUUACUCACCAAAUACUAUUCCUUGUUACUACACUAGUUGUGAAAUUCCUGUAUGGCUGGAUGCUUUGUUUUCUUGGAACAAGGCACUGAGGUUGUCAUUGCUUCAUUAUACAUUCCAUAAGUGUAAAAAUAUUUCAAGUGUAUGUAAAAGCCCAUGAUAGAUAGACAAUCAGCAGGUAAUGAUGUAUCGCCAUUAGAUGAGAUAUUGAUGUUUAAUAUCUUAAUAUGGUUUAAUAGUCUGUUUGCUGCUAAAUUAGCUUGCCAAAGCAAACCCAUUGCUAAGAACUGGCUGCUUCAUGUGUUAUUUCAGUGACUGACAUGUCUUCCUUCUGGAGUAAUGCAGUUGAUUUGUCGAGAAAAUCAUAUUCAUAUUUUCCCAGUGAUUUGGUGUUUUCAUAAACUGUUAUUUGUUGCUGUACUGCAGAAAGCACUUCAGAAAACAGCAUUGAUAUGAACAUGUAUGGAAUGAAUACAAAAUUCAAGUGGUAUUUUGUUUUUGGCAAGUGGUUGAUGGGGCAAAUGGAUCAGAAUUGUUAGUUACCUUGAUGUAUGUGAAGAUGUAAGAUGAGGCUUCCCUAAAAUUAUCACUUAAAGAUUAAUUAUUACUUUUCAAGUUUGGUUUGUGGUGCUUCAUACUUAUUUUUUAUCCCAUCUAUAUAUUUAGAUGGAAGAAUAGUGCUUGAUUUAAGUUUCUGCUUGCUUUGUGUUUUGUUAUGUUCAGUAAACCGUUGUUAGAUUUUUAUUAUGGUUAUCAGAUAAUCCAAUAUGAAAAUAAUGGAGAAUAUUUUUGUGAAUUGGUGGGUAAUGUUUUACUCUAUUGCUGUUACUCUUUUGUUAAAACUGAAGUAAAGGCAUAUUUAAUGAAAUAAAAAUUCUUGCCAUGUCCCAGUUGGUGGGAUGGUCCUUUUUAGUGUACGUAUUUUUUUCUAGUCAAGUUGUCCCUAUGUUUGGAGCCCAUGAACAAUUUAAUAAAGAAAAUAUGAAA